CCUGCUAACAUCCAUCCUGAGAAAACAUUGCACCAGGCUUAGCCCGAAUGCGCGCUGCUGCUGCCGCUCACACCCGACAGCUCGCUGCACAGGCAGCUGCAACUACUGCAUUUCAGUUUCUGCUGUGCACAGAAACAUCAAUUGCAGAAAAAAAACAUCGUAGAUUUCUAUUUUUUUUAUGUAGCACCUUUAAAAAGACAUGUGCUUUCGGGAGUUGUGAUUUUUUUUAAAAAAAGUAAAGCGUGAGGACGAUUUAAACUUUAUAUAUAUUUCAAUAUUGGAGAAUGAGAAUGAACGCGAUGGUGUCUUUGAAGUUUGCCCUGGUGCUGGCGGUGGCUGCUAACUUUCUUGACAGCGAAGCGAAGUUUCUUGAGAGGAGUGAGAAAUCUCCGGUGAGGAGAUGCCUGGAUGGGAGUACGCCGCGCCGCUUGAGGAGGAGGGAGAGGAGGCUGCUCGCCCUGGACCCCAGUGGCUAUAUCUGUCACAGGCUGUAUAGCCGCCUGUCCUGCUGCCCCAGCUUCGGGCAUUUCCAUGAGUUCGUUGAUCCCAAGAUAUUUUCUGUUACAAACAACACAGAAUGUGCAAAGCUGCUGGAGGAAAUCAAGUGUGCCCAAUGUUCACCACAUGCACAGUAUUUAUUUCACUUACCUGACUGGCAAGGAGCAUCAGACAAUGAACUGGCUUUUCCCAUGUUGUGCAGAGAUUAUUGCAAACAGCUCUACUUUGCGUGCAGAAGCCAAAUAACAGGACUCUUCCAAACCACUUCAGAUGAGUUCUGUAAUCUUUAUGCAGCAAAGGACAAUGGGAUAUGUUUUCCAGACUCACCCAGAAAACAAGUGCAAGGACCAAGUUCCAACUAUUUAAACCAGAUGGAUGACUAUUACAAAAUGGAACAGAUCAACAGAAAAUACAAAAAAAACUGUUACUGCCUUCAUGAAGUGGUCAGUGGACUUGUGCAGCCUACUGGAUUAGUGCAUUGUGGAGAUGGAUCACAGAGACUCUUCAUCUUGGAAAAGGAAGGUUUUGUAAAGAUUUACACUCCUGAUGGAGAAUUACUGAAGGAAUCAUUCCUCGACAUUCACAAGCAGGUCCAGAGUGGAAUAAAGGGUGGAGAUGAAAGAGGACUGUUAAGCCUUGCAUUCCAUCCUAAAUACAAGAAAAAUGGAAAGCUCUAUGUGUCCUAUACCACCAACCAAGAGCGAUGGGCAAUUGGACCGCAUGACCACAUUCUUAGAGUAGUCGAAUACACUGUAUCCAGAAAAAAUGCAAAUCAAGUGGAUACAAGAACAGCAAAGGUAUUGAUUGAAGUCGCAGAGUUACACAGAAAGCAUUUGGGUGGACAACUAAUGUUUGGGCCUGAUGGCUUCCUGUACAUCUUCCUUGGCGAUGGAAUGAUUACUCUUGAUGAUAUGGAAGAGAUGGAUGGGUUAAGUGAUUUUACAGGGUCUGUGCUUCGAAUCAAUGUAGAUACAGAUUCCUGCAGUGCACCUUAUUCUAUACCCAGAAGCAAUCCUUACUUUAAUAGUACUAAUCAACCACCAGAGAUUUUUGCACAUGGACUUCAUAAUCCAGGCAGGUGCGCAGUGGAUCAGCUUCUCAGGGACUCCAAUGGCAAUCUGACCAUACUUUGUUCAGAGUCAAAUACUUGGAAUAAAUCAUCAGGAAGAAUAAUCAAGAUAACAAGGGGAAAAGAUUAUGAAACUGAGCCUCCAGCAGUUGAGUUCAAAUCUUCCAGCCACAGUCCUUUAGUGGGUGGCUUUAUAUACAGAGGAUGCCAGUCUAGAAGACUUUUCGGAAACUACAUUUUUGGAGACCGAAGUGGGCAACUGAUGAGCCUUCAACAAAACCCUUUGAACAAACAGUGGCAAGAACGAGCUUUGUGUCUUGGCAGUAGCACCACGUGCAAAAAUUCUCUUAGUGGUCAGAUCUCAGGAAUGGUUUUGGGAUUUGGAGAAGAUGAGUUAGGUGAGAUCUAUAUCUUGGCAAGCAGUAAAAGUGUGACACAAGUGCACAGUGGGAAGCUCUACAAAAUGAUGGACCCAAAAAGACCUUUGGUUCCAGAAGAAUGUAAGAAAUCAGUUUUGCCUCCGCAACCAUUGGCAUCAGAGUGCUCACACCUGUGUAGAAAUGGACUGUGCACACCAACGGGAAUAUGCUGCUGUAAUCCAGGCUGGGAGGGAGAGUUCUGCAGAGUGGCAAAGUGCGACCCCAUUUGUCAGCAUGGUGGCGUGUGUGUGAGGCCAAAUAAGUGCUUGUGUAAGGAGAGCUACACUGGACCUCAGUGCGAACAAGUGGAUAGAAACAUUGAAAGAGUGGCAAGGGCAGCAGUUUGCCAGCAGCCAAGGAGGAAUGGGAAAUGUAACACCCCUACAUGGCUUUGGUUCUUUAAUGUGGACACCAGACAGUGUGAACAGUUUCUCUAUAGUGGUUGCCAAGGAAGCAAAAAUAGAUUCAACUCUCAAGAAGAGUGUGAGAAAACCUGCUUACCAAGAAACCAUCAAGGCACAGAACUGAUACAACGGAUGGAUCAAUAAACUGUUGACCAGACAUCUUUUAGUUUCUUCCAUAAUGAGAGAAAGAACAAAUACAUUUCAUAUUUUUGAUGUAUAUUUUACAUGGGACUAAAAGAUUUUAAAAUUCAAAAAUGGGAAAACAGGUUACUUCAGGUUUUUAUUAUCUAACCUUAAAUUUAUUUUAAAAUGAUGUGUAAUAUCUGAAGUGAAAUUCUAGAAAUUGUGAUAUCUGAAAAAAAAAGGUCAAAUUGUAUAAGCUCAUUACUGGUCUGCCAUUCACCAGAUUCUAAUUGGUGUACGUAGAUUUAAAACAAAGACAUUUAAAUGUAUAAUUUCUUUUUAAAAUUUAAUAUAUUGUUUAUGUAAAUGCAUGCUUAAUGUCCUCAAGAAUACAGUAUUAUACUGUGACCAUUGAGCUGAUAAAUUGUAUUUUUAAACAUUACCUGUUACAUACUGUAUUGCAUUUGUUAUUAUACUAUAUGUAAGCAGCAGCAAAUAUGCUAAAGUAUAUUUUUAUUACAGUAGCUACAGAAGUAAUUGACCACUGAUAGUUCUCUUAAACUUCUAAGACUCUCUUUGUGGGCCCAUAUCUAAAUGAUCAUUAAGCUAUAACCUAGUGGUGAAAAGUCAAGGGAGGAAGUUAUUGAUCAAUAGCAAUUUAGUGAAGAAACCAUUGGUGUCCAGUUACUAUGUUUGCCAAGGACUAUUGUCACCAGGUUUUAAAUGCUUGGAGGUGAGAUUUCAUAAUGCUGCUGGAAAGACAAAUACCUAGAAAUUGGGUGUCACCCUCUUUUAUUACUCUAAACAUGCACUCCAUAUGGCAUUAACACCCACUCAGAUCUUCUAAAAAAGUUUGUAAAACUAUGAGUUUUGCGCAAUGAAUGAUGCACUAAAACAGGAUAUCUCUGAUUCUUAUCGGAAGCCAAAUGCAGAAUCCAAAGCCUCCAUGCUAUUGCAGAGCUGACUGCUGGGAAGUGAGUUGUUGCUUAAAGAACCCUCCCCACAGCAGCCACAGAAAACACUGCUGCGGGGGUGAAGCAAAAUACAAGGGGCAAGGCAUUCUCCAGUGAGUCUGGGCAUCCUGCAGUGAUGGCCUAACCUGAUCAAGACCCAUGCCACUGUGAAGUGUAGGCUGGGAUCAGUGAUUGCAGUAUACAGCUGAGAACUGAUUUGAACAAAGAUCCUGUGGUCAGUGAAAGGAGCACCACUGAAUCAUUGUCCAUGAUGCUGAUCAUUGGAAACUAAGGCUGGCAGAUAUUUUGUGAAGACUCCUCGGUUGUUUUCUCAUUUCCAAUCUCUGCAUGGUUUUUCUGUGUGUGGUCAGUAAAGGUCUUUGGUAGCACUGAGAAGCUUCAGUUUACACCAGCAGUGGAGGAAGUGUGGAUGCAUGACCUCUGAUGUGAUUAAAUACAGGACUGAUGCUCGACAAAUGUCAAUCACAAUGAGGUGAACUGCGCAUGGAAGACCCCAGAGCAAAUUCCCAAGGGGUGAAAGUUCACCCAGAAAUUAACGCUAAAGCAAACCUAUCCAAGAAAUGCAGUAUUUAUGUGUGAUUUGUGCAUAAAAAAAGAGGGCUAAUAGAUCCAAUUUCUGGGCAAAGUUUUUUCUCCCAAUCCUUAACCAUUGUAACGCAGCAAACCCCGCCCCCCCCCCCCCGCACUUUUGCUUUCACAGAAAAAUAUUCUGAUACAGAACAUUUUUGUUUCCCUUGUAUCAAGUUAACUGUCAGAUAAACUUUACCAGAUUUGUAUUCAUGCAGUAUUCUAUCCUAAUAUAUGUUUUGGACUUUACCUUGUAUAUUCAGCACUUAAAUACAACAAUUUAACUGUGAACUUGGGUACAGAAUAUGAGAGAAGUUGAGUUAAUAUGUGGUUUGGUGAGGCAUUUGCUGCAAAUAGUUAUGCAAAGGAUUAUUAAAUGUUUUGUUUAAAAAUUGCUUCUUUAUAUCAUCACUUAAUAACCAUGAGAUUUCAUUUUUCCAGUAAAGCCUUUAUCAAUUCCAAGCACUUACGUGGAAACAAUUGACAUGAGACAGAAAAAAAUAAUAGGUAGAUUUAGUAUUGAACUCAAAUAUGCUUUUCUUUAAAUAAUUGGUAAUAAGUCUAAAAAUAACAUAAUUCAAAGUGAAGAGAGUGACCUGAAAUUUAACACGUUGCAAGGCACUGUUUUCGG